UCCAACUGCCCACCUGAGAGCUCUGUCCGACUACGUCAGGACUCUGAAGAACAUCAACAUGUGAGCAGUCUCUAGGAGAUUGAACAGACCAUACCGCCACGAACCACAGCAAUUGGCCUGACGCCGACUCAGACAAUCCUCUCUCUUUGGCCUCUCAUAGCUUUACCUCCCUCAUACCUGUCAGGUCAAUUGAGACCUGGCAGUGAAGCCGUUGAGAUGACGUUCCCCACCUCAAGCGACGACAAUGGCUUCGGCCCAGACGUCGUCGGGCCUCCCGACUAUCAGAUCCCACAACCGCAGCUCACACUCCUUCAGCGCCUUCUCUUCCGCAAUGGGGAGAACUACUCUAACAAUGUGAAAAAGAUGCUCGACACCGCUGCCGUAGGCUUGGGCCGCCAACCCACCCAGGAUGAGGUCAACAUCCUCAGCCAACUAGCUUACAAAGAAGCCGCAACCACAGCCUGGGCUGUCCCCGUCUCCGUCGCGUUAGGCGGGUUCUUGACCUGGAAAACCCGCGGCACCUACCGCUUCCCCUUUUGGCAACCCAAAUUUAUCAAAUUCACUCCCGAUGCCUUUCCAAGUGCCUCUAGGCCCAUUCUCCAAGGUCGUCGCGCGAACCGGAUGUGGCACAACCUGAGGUUUGGAGCAUACAUGUUCCUCACCAGUCUCGGCAUUGGCCCUUUCGUCGCCUCAUAUGCCACGUCAGUGGCCAUGGCAUCCGCCGCUCGCGAUGAACGCCUGAACCAGUUCCGCAAGGACAUGAAGCCGGACAGGCUGGUCCAGAUGACCGCCGACCAGAUGCCAUCACCUCUCUUGAAGCGCCAGCGUCAGCAAACUGCGGAAGCCAUCAGGCGACUCGAAGAGUCGCUGGCCUCGAUAGGCACGGAUGAGCAAGUGGCCCAGAGAGUUCAACCUCAGAACUUGGAGAUGUUUCUUGAAAAGACUCGGGAAGUAAGACCGCAAUAUCGGAAGAAGAUUGAAGAGUAUCGAAAGAUACUGGCCCACAUUGAUGCAGUCCUCGAAAAGAGGGGCGAAGGCGGUAGCGCUGGGGACGACGGGUCAGCCCAGAACAGGGACUACGAGACACUUUCUGCUUCGAGCUCUACAGGAGACUACAGUUUACCAUCGGAGCCCAACUACUCUUCUCCGACAAGCUACUCAAGAGAUCCGCCAUCUUCCGAAGGCCGGUCAGGAUGGGGCUCGGGUCAGCAGAGCUCGUCUCCCCAGCGAAGCAGCAGCAGCAGCAGACCUUCAGACGACCUGGACUACGACGACGCAUCGCCUCUUUCACCCGCCGCGAGGUCCCAAGCAUCAUCUCCCCCUAGCACCGGCUCAGCAUGGGACCGUUUGAGACAAGCCUCGAGACAGCCCCCGCGAUCUUCUGGAAAUGCCGACCAAAGCCAACAGGGCGAAGCCAAGGGUGCCGAUUACUAUGCCUAUGACGCCGCUGACAAAGAGAGGAAUGCGGAGAAGGAUAAGGCCCAGGCCGAGUUUGAUGCGAUGCUCGAUCGGGAAAGAAGGGGUAACGCGGGGCAGGGCAGCGAACGGAAUAGCCGAUGGUGAUAUGUACUACUAUUGUAUGUAAUGGCGAGAUUGUUACGGUCAGGACUAGGAGUGAUUGUUGCAACGUCAGACUUGUAUACUUGUAUGAAUAUCAACUGAAUUCAAGCUUGUACCGUUUCCUGAGGCUCCAUCAGGCCACAACUAUGCCAGAGGAAGGAG